AUGUCUCAAGAUUUUUCGCCUUAUCGAUCGGCGCCGGCGCCUUUUGCGUCUCCUCUGAUGGGCCGCAGAGAAUGGCAAAGCGGUCCUGCACCGUUCGAGAGCCAACGCUACCAGCAAGGCAACAUGUAUGGAGGGCAGAUGCGUUACGGUGAACAGUAUCCUUUCAAUGAUGGCAGAGGUGGUGCUGACAUAUCGCCAUGGGCAAGGCCUCCAGCAAACCAACCAGAUGAAUUUUACAAGUUGGAAUCGGUGAUGCGCAGAGCGGCUGAGGAGAAUUCGUCGUCACUAGAUGCAGUCAGACAAGUGGAGAAAAUGGGUCUGGGUCCAGUUAUGGGAGCAAUAUUGAAAGCUGUGGAUCGCGGGGUAUGUGAUAUAGGGUAUAUUCGUACUCUGAAAGAGCACAAGCAAAUGGGUAAUUUCACUUACUCAUGA